AUGCUACGAGACAUUAACGAUUCAGAGUUAACAUUCGGUGGAAAAGUUGUCGUUUUUGGUGGAGAUUUUCGCCAGGUUUUACCUGUGGUUCGUAAAGGAACAAGACAAGAACAUGUUAACGCCAAUUUGGUUUCUUCUUACUUGUGGCCUACAUUGAUCAAGUUUCAUUUGACUGAAAAUAUGCGAGCAAGAUUGGAUCCAAUCUUUUCAGAAUAUGUGUUAGAAUUGGGCAACGGAAUGCCACCAAUCACAGUUGAUGAAACUAUAAAAAUUCUUGAUGGCAUGCUUAUUCCUUACGAAGAUGACUGUACUUCUUUGGAUCAUUUAAUAGAUGCUGUUUUCCAUGAUAUUCAUGAAUAUUCAAUAAAUAUUUCAGCUAUGAUGAAUCGGGCCAUAUUAACACCAAAGAACAGUUAUGUUAAUGAAAUAAAUGCAUUACUAAUUCAUAGAUUUUCUGGUGAGCUUAAGCGAUAUUAUAGCUUUGAUGAAGCAAUAGAUACAUCUGAACAGUCAAUUAUGGAAGAUUUUUUAAAUACUCUAACCCCAAAUUUUCUUCCUCCUCAUGAAUUGUUACUGAAGAUAAACUGUCCUAUCAUGCUGCUUAGAAACAUUAAUCCUUCAGAAGGACUAUGCAACGGAACACGUCUAAUUUGUCUGGCUUUUGAUCAAAAUGUCAUUGAUGCAAAAAUCGCAAUUGGGCAUCACAGCGGAAAAAGGGUCUUUAUUCCAAGGAUCCCAUUCUUACCAAAUGUUGAUGAAAAUAGUGGCUUCCCAUUCAAAUGA